CAGUUCUAGGCACUCUCACUCUCAAGUAGCUUUCUCACACUUCAAACUUCAGCCUUCCUCAGUAACGUACUAUACAGCUCUGCUUCAAGAUGUCUCUGGGAAGAGGCAGUGCAAGUCAAGCCAUGGUCGUGGUGGCUGUGCUUUUGUGCCUACUUGUUCACUUUGAACACGUUCAUGCAGCAACUUACACAGUCGGAGACUCUGGUGGUUGGACCUUUAACACUGAUAGUUGGCCCAAGGGAAAGCGUUUUAGGGCUGGUGAUGUGCUCGUAUUCAAUUAUGAUUCAACAACUCACAAUGUUGUAGCUGUGGACCGGGCCGGUUACAGUAGUUGCACAUCUCCGGCGGGUGCGAAAGUGUACAAUUCUGGGAAGGACCAAAUAAAGCUGGCGAAGGGACAGAACUACUUCAUCUGCAACUUUUCUGGGCACUGUGCGUCCGGGAUGAAGGUUGCUAUUAAUGCAGUGUGAUGUGUUAUGUGAGACAAGUACUAAUAGAACUAAUAGUGGUAAUGUUCCUAUUAGAUGUGUAAUAUUACAUGUGAGAGAGUGUGUAUUUUAGUAGUAUUUGGCUUGAGUGUGACUACUACAAAAAGUGGGUACUAUAAACUGGCUAGACGCUAGAGUAACUACAAAAUAAGUUUAAUGUCUCUUGCUGUUAUAUUGUCGCUAUUAAUUUAUGGUUAAAAUCUGUGGUUUCUUGAGUUUU